GCUGCUGCUGCUGUCUGAAGUCAUCAGACACUACCAGCUACACUCAUCAAGAGUUUUUGUCAUCAUUAAAUUUUUUUUCUUUUUCUUUAUUAACCACAAGUGUGCGAUAUCUAAGUCUAGACUCUUUGUAAACUCAACUUGCCUGUAGAAUGUAGACAACUUCAUGAAUCGAGAAUCGACGCAAUUGAUUAUUAAACUAGAGAACGGAGAUAGCAUCAUACUUAUCGAUAUCGAUACAACAUCAUACCAUCAUCGUCAUUAAUUGUUGGUGUAUGUAUUAUACAUAUAUAUAUUUAGUGUCUUGUAAGUUGGUUGUAACGAAUAACGACGACAAGAGCUACGAGAUACGAAACAUCCGGGCACGGGGACGGGCAGUUUAGUGUCAAAUGCGACAAGUGUAGAUUCUGUGUUUAGUGGUGAUUAAAUAACAAUAUUGAGGUUACUAAAAAUUUCAUCGUACAAUUUAUAAUAUUUUAUACUUUUUAUUCUCCAAUAGAUAUAUAUCAUAAUCAAUAACUAAUAAUGGCAAAGACAUAUGACUAUUUAUUUAAACUGCUUCUAAUUGGAGAUUCGGGUGUCGGAAAAACUUGUGUGCUCUUCAGGUUCUCCGAAGAUGCAUUCAACACAACCUUUAUCUCCACCAUUGGAAUCGAUUUUAAAAUACGCACAAUUGAAUUAGAUGGUAAAAAAAUAAAACUACAAAUAUGGGAUACUGCUGGACAGGAAAGGUUUCGUACAAUUACAACGGCUUAUUAUCGUGGUGCGAUGGGUAUAAUGCUUGUUUACGACGUAACAAAUGAAAAAAGUUUUGAGAAUAUUAAGAACUGGAUUCGAAACAUUGAAGAAAAUGCAUCGGCAGAUGUUGAAAAAAUGUUGCUAGGUAACAAAUGUGAAUUGACUGACAGGAGACAAGUGUCGAAAGAGAGAGGUGAACAAUUAGCAGUUGAAUAUGGUAUUAAAUUCAUGGAGACUUCUGCUAAAUCAAGUAUCAAUGUCGAGGAAGCUUUUUACACCCUAGCACGUGAUAUUAAAGCUAAAAUGGAAAAAAAAUUGGAGGCAUCGAAUCCACCGAAAAGCGGAGGAAAUCAAUUAAAAGCAUCAGAACCAGCGAGAAAACCACCAAAUUGGCUCUCACGAUGUACUAUACUCUGACCCUACAUUAUUAUUGUAAAGGCCACCUUGAUGUCUACCGUUUUUAAUUGUAAAAAAUUUUUUUACAAACUUCAACUAAUAAUAACACCACCAACAAUCAUAACAUCAACACAAAAAAAAAAACUUUGAGGCUGCACUUGCGGUUUACAAUAAACAGCAGUGCGUUAAGAGCCUUAGAGUUUUAAAAUUAUUCGAAACUUCUUAAUCAUUUUUAACGAAUUAAAAUCACAAUCUUAUAAUAUUAUUUUAAUUAAAAAAAAAAAAACAAAGAAAAAAAAAAAGAAAAAAAAAAUAUAUAUCGGGAACACAGGGGACGAUGGUUGCCGUUGACCAAAUCCACUCUUGCACAGAACUCUUUUUACUAUUAUUAAUUAAUUAAUAUUAUUAAAUGUUAUGACAUCUUACGGGUAGAUGUGACUUUGAAAUAAAAAUUAAAAAAAAAAAAAAUGAAUAAAAUAAAACUACAAACAUUUUACAAUAAAACUUUCGCUCAUUUCGAUAGUACAAUGAUAUAAUUGUCAAAUUUAUAAAAAAAAAGAAAAAAGAAAAAAAAAACAAUUAAACAAAGCAUCUGUAAUACCGUAAGAAAUAAUUAUUCUUCCUUUUAAUUAUAUAAAGAAAAAAAAGUAAAAAAAGAAAAAGAAAAAAAAAAUGAUAAAAUUUAUUUGAUUAUGACGAAACAUCACUUGUAAGUAAGAUUUUUUUGUAAAAAAUCUAUAAAUAAAUCUCAAAGAGAGAUAAAUUAUUAACACUGAAAAUUAUUUUAUAAUUAAUUAUCAUUAAAAUUUAUUACAAUUCAUUUUUAUAUAACUAUAAUAACUAAUAUAAUUAUAAAAUAUUAUUAAUCAUAGCUUUUACACAAAAUUAACCCGUAACAUUGUGAUGUUUCAGCUUAAUGACUGGAUUAAUUUAAACAAAUCACAAUUAUAAUGUGAUGUGAUGAUAUAGAACAAAUAUCUUUAUUUCUUGCGUUGAUAUUAUUAUUAUUAUAAUAAUAAUUAUUAAUUAUUAUUACUGUAAGAACUUCCUAGACGUUCAAAAAAAUUAAAAAACUAAGCAAAUGCGCAAUUCAACGAAUAAUACUAAGGCCGAUGUACAAUCACUUAUUGAAGAUCUCUUUUAUUUGUUCAUUGAUAAAGUCUCAGCGCGCUUUAAAUAUUGUUUUUGCAUUAAUUAUUGAUUUAUUUCAUCUAGACUCAACUAAGCAAAUUUAUUAAAACAAAUUAAAGAUAAAUCGACGACGACGACUAUUAUAAUUAUAAUACAUUUUAUAUUAAUCCUA